CCUGGUACCCUAAACGCCUUGGCUGGUCUACUAUCGACCAUCAUCAACGUCUAUACCGCUCAACAAAAGCAGUGGUCCAUCACUGCUCGCGUAUCCGCCAUCGUCGAAGGCGCAUGCCUCGGUAUAUGUGGUGCGCUCUUCGCCCUAUACUCUGGCUGGAUGCUGGAACGCGUCAAGAAGCGGCAUAACCAAGAAUUCGGUCAAAUGUACGGAUACUAUGAAGACGAAGGAAUAGUAGACAAGGUUAAGCGCAAAGCGCAGGAACCCAUUCCAGAACCGGGAAGGAUUGUAUAA